GCAAGGCAGCAUUAUUGCUGACUGUAUCGUUACAGUCUUAAAGAAUUACACUCAAGGAACAAACUUGCUGAAGGAUAUUAUCCACACAGGAUCUGUUAGCAACUAUGUAGUACAGAGUAUUAAUGUCACCGAUUAUAACGAAUGCAAUAACCCUCAAGAUUACUCGUGCAUUGGAAAUCAGCGAUGUGUCAAUACAAUGGGCUCUUAUACUUGCAACUGCUCAGCCGGAUAUCAAUUUAAUCCAACACUUCAACGAUGUAUUGAUAUUAACGAAUGCCAGAAAUCGGUAUCUCCAUGCCAUCAGAAUUCAAAUUGCAUCAAUACUGCUGGCUCAUAUCAAUGUCAAUGCAAGAAUGGAUAUAUUGGUGAUGGAAAGUUAAAUUGCACUUUGGUUUGUACAUCAAAUUACUGUUCUGGCCAAGGAAUAUGCUAUGUUGUCAAUAACGCACCUAGAUGCAAGCGAAGAUCAAUUACUCCUGAUCAUCAUGAUCUAUUAACUAGUCAAAAAUCUCCGAAAAUAGCUUAUGAAGAUCACGAUAGGCAAGAGUAUCAAUGCUAA